AUGGCAGACCCAGAGAUGGAUGAAUUCGCACAGACCCGCGGCGCUGACGACCUAUUUGACGAUGAAAUUAUCCCGAUCUCCACGGAACAGCAACAUGCGCAAACAGAGGUCGCCACCCCCGCGCCAGAGCCAGAGUCACAGGAGAUACAUGCACCUGAGAAGCCAGUUUCUGAGCAGCCAACUCCACGUGGGGAAACUCCGCAGCGGGGCCGUGGAGAACGAGGCCGGGGACGACGGGGCCGGGGCAAAGGAGGACGCGGUGGACGGGACUCAGAGCAAAAACGGUCAGAAAGCUCUCCGCGCAAAAAGUCUCCCGUCAAUGCACCUGCUGUCGAUGCGCGCGAGGCUGGUGCUUCGAAGCCGGAGAAGCCAGCUGAGCGUAAAGAACAGACCGGCGUGGUCGAAGAGGGUAAUGGUGAAGAUCCGGCUGCGAAUGGCGCCGAGGCCCAGCGUGUGCCAGCUGUCCGGGGUGAUCGGAGUGCCACUGGUGGUCUUAGAAAGCCUAAACUCACGGAAGAGGAACUAUCAAAACGCAUUGCCGCAGCCAAGGAGAAUGCCGUAAAGAAAGCUGCGGCGCAUGCUCGCGCCGAAGCUGACCAGGCAUCAUUCAUGGAGCGCGAGCAGGAGGCGGCGAAGAAACGUCGCGAAGAACUCGCGCACCGUCGUGUGAUGGACACCGAACGCGAGAAGAACAGACAGCGCAAGCUGAAAGCCCAGACGGGGCGUGAGUGGGACUCGCAGAAACGUGAGGAAGAUUAUGACCCCCGUGGUGGAGGCAGCCAAUUCCGACGCGGUAUGCAUGGUGGCGUGUCUGGUGCCGUGCGACGAGACUUUGAAGAAGCCCGGCCAGAAGAUGUCGCAGAUCAUGCUGGUGGCAACCGUGGUCGUGGACGUGGUGGUCGAGGUGGUCGUGACCGUGGAUCUCCGCGUGCUCCACAGGGAGAUCGGUCACGCAAGGGCCUAUCUGACAGUAUAUAUGCAACACCGAGUCCUCCUGCGCCGGGGCUGGAUGAUAAGAGUGCAUUCCCGGCUCUGCCCGAGAGACCUAAGAAGACUGAGACUAAACCUGUGUCUACGCCGGAGACCAAGGUUAAAACUGACACUAAACCGGUCCCUAAGCGAGAGACGAAGACUAAGGCUGAGACUAAAAUCGAGCCUGAAACCGCUCCUGCGGUAUCCAAGUCGCAAACAGCAAUGGAUAAAUUGGAUUCUACGUUCUCACCCAUCACUGGAACUUGGGCAGACCAGUUUGAGGAUGAGUGA